AUGAACUGCAGCCAUGGCUUCAGCCAGAACCCCUCAGGCCCUCUCUCCAGCAGCUGGAGCCGCCCAGGCAACUGUUACCCUCGGGCACCCAGUGUGCAUGGAGGAGCAGGAGGAGUGCGCGUCUCCCUUUCCUUCACCAAGCCAAGCUGCCCACCCGCUGGAGGGUCAUGGGGGUCAGGAAGAAACGGAUCCUUUCUGGGUGGGAAUGGCAAGGAAACUAUGCAGAACCUCAAUGACCGCUUAGCCUCCUACCUGGACAAGGUGCGUGCCCUGGAGGAAGCCAACGUGAAGCUGGAGAGCCGCAUCCUAAAGUGGCAUCAGCAGAGAGACAGUGGCAAUAAGCAAGAUUACUCCCAGUACGAGGAAAACAUCAGCCGCUUACAGGAGCAGAUAGUGGAUGGCAAGCAGACCAAUGCACAUAUCACUCUUCUUAUUGACAAUGCCAAGAUGGCAGUUGAUGACUUCAGCCUCAAGUAUGAAAAUGAACACUCCUUCAAAAAAGACCUGGAACUUGAAGUUGAGGCUCUAAGAAAGAACUUGGAUGAUCUGACUAUUAUCACAACUGACCUGGAACAGGAAGUUGAGGGACUAAGGAAAGAGCUUAUUCUCAUGAAGAAACGCCAUGAACAGGAAAUGGAGGAACAGCAUGUGCCCAAUGACUUCAAGGUCAAUGUGAAGAUAGAGGCAACCCCGGGGGAAGAUCUAAUUAAAGUCCUAGAAGAUAUGAGACAGGAAUAUGAGCUUAUAAUAAAGAAGAAGCACCAAGAGUUAGAUGCUUGGUAUAAAGAACAGUCAGCAGCAAUGGCCAUGGAGACAGCCAGUCCAACUACUGUGUCAAGCAACCAAAAUGAUAUCCAUGAGCUGAAACGUACUUUCCAGGCCCUGGAGAUUGACCUACAGGGACAACACAACAGAAAAUCUGCCUUGGAAAGCAUGUUGGCUGAGACCCAGUCUCAAUAUGCAUACAAGCUCCAGGACAUGCAGAGGAUUAUCUCCCACUCUGAGGAGGAGCUACGGCAGCUCCGCCAUGACUUGGAGCAACAGAAUGUUGAAUACAAGAUCCUCGUGGGCAUCAAAAUCCACCUGGAGAAAGAAAUUGCCACCUACCGCAGGCUCCUAGAGGGAGAAGGAAAUGGGACAAUGGAAGAAUCCAAGUCAAGCAUGAAAGGAGAUCCAACUUCAACAAUCAAGGCCAUCACACAGGAAAGCGUCAAUGGAAGAAUCAUUCAUUCUCAAGUGAAUGAAAUCCAAAAGUGCUCUUGAGGCCAGCAAAAGUCUCUGCCAUUUACUGUAAAAUACAAAAAUAAAAAUAAAAA